AUGGUUGGCGACAGCCCUGUCUCCAUGCCCCCCGUGGACCCCGCGCCACCGCCGGAGGGGGGCGGCCGGCCGAGACCUGCGGCGAUCGGCAUCGACUUCGGGACGAGCAAAUGCUGCGUGGCUGCGGUGCGCGACGGUCGGGUGGACGUCCUGGAGAACGAGUUGAGGCAAAGGACGACGCCUUCCUGUGUUGCCUUCAACUCCCAGCAGCGACUAGUGGGCAGCGAUGCCCUGGACCAGGCCGUUGUGAACUGCACCAACACCGUGCACGCCGUCAAGAGCUUCCUGGGGAGGACCUACGACGAAGUAAAGGAUAUGUCUUCUCUCUGCAGAAUUCAACAAACUUACUCCGAUAAUAAAUUCGAGUACGCCGUCCAGUACAAAAAUCAUGAUCAGAGGCUGAGACCCGAUCAGGUGGCCGCCAUGCUGCUCGGGAAGAUGAAGGACAUCGCGGAAUCCUCUCUGGGUUGUCCCGUGGACCGCGCCGUCAUCUCGGUACCGGCUUCGUUCGGCAACGCGCAGCGACUCGCGGUAAAAUACGCCGCGAAAGUCGCAGGACUUGAAGUUCUUGAGCUGAUCAACGAAACAACCGCGGCGGGGGUCGCCUUCGCGGACAACCGCACCGUCAAAACCCCCGCGGUUAUCGCGGUGGUGGAUUUCGGGGCGGGCAAGCUGGAUGUGUCCAUCAUGGAGGUGAGGGAUGGAUCGGUGAAUGUCAUAGCCACAAAUGGAAACCCCAACCUUGGUGGUCGUGACUUAGAUGAGGCCUUGGCUGCCCAUUGUGAGACACUAAUUCAGGAAAAAUAUAACUACACGGUAAAGGAUAAGAAGCAGCUGGAAAGACUGCGCAUUGCGUGUGAAAAAUCCAAGAAAACUCUGGCUUUGCUUCCAGAGGCUCGUUUGAGCCUUGAUGGCAUUUUUGGCAGCACCGACGCAAACCUCACCAUCAAGAGAAAAGAAUUCAAUUCACUCAUUUCCCGUGAUAUCAGGCGUGAAAUAACGCUCUCUUUCGAUCGUCUCAUCUCUCAGAAAUCAUUAACCAAAGACGUAAUCAGCAAGGUUGUGCUGGUCGGAGGUUCAACACGCGUGCCGCUGGUGCGUGCCAUCCUAGAGGAAUAUUUCGGUCCGGGGAAGUUGGACCAAACGGUGAACCAAGACGAGGCUGUGGCCCUGGGCGCCGCCUUACGGGCUGCUGCCCUCGACGGGCGUGGAGCUGCAGUGGGCGGCAUCGCAGUGCGUGAUGUUUCUUUUUACGACAUCGUUUGCACUGAUGAACUUAUUCAUGAAUGGGUGUCAGAAGAGAACCGAUUUCUGAAGGACAUUGAACGUGAGACCAAGCGCGUCGAUGCAGAAGUAAAUUUAGAUUCGCUGUGCAUCGAAAUUGGGAAUAUGAUGUCUGAUGCAGAGCACCUGUUCCCUGUUGGCUUAGAAGCAAGAGAGAAAUUUAAAUCGUUCGAGGCCGAGCUGCAAAAAAUCGCAGAGUGGAACGAAAGUUCCGAAUCUGCUUCAAUAGAAGCGAUUUCUGCCAAAAUGGAUGAACUCGCUGUCAUUCGAGUACAACUUGUUGAAAUGAUUCAAGAACAGCGCACCAGGUCACCCGGCGAA